AUGUCCAUCAACAUGAAUGCGAAUUUUUUAAAAUUGCUAACACAUUUUCGACGACAUGAUUUGACAAACUUCAAAACCGAACAUGAUGUGCUCUACAAGAAGGCGUUGGAGACUGGAGAUCAUUUGGAGGUGACAACACACUAUUAUAGUGUGAUGAGCAAGGUGAUCGACGACUAUUUCGGCGGGAAUUUUCAUUUUGUUCCACCCAAAUUUGAUGGACAACCACUGGAAGAGGCUUUGAAGUCGUUGCAUCAGCACAUUGCCGCAAAAUUAGAGCUAAAUGAAAAUGUACACUGUCUGGAUAUUGGCUGUGGAAUCGGUGGAGUUAUGUUGGAUAUUGCUGAUUUCGGAGCCAAGCUAACUGGCGUCACGAUUGCUCCGAAUGAGGCGGAGAUUGGAAACGAGAAAUUCGCCGCCCUGGGACUCUCCAACAAGUGCAAAAUCGUCGCUGCAGACUGUCAUAAAAUGCCAUUUGAAGACUCGGCAUUCGAUGUGGCCUAUGCGAUUUAUUCAUUGAAAUAUAUUCCAAAUUUGGAGAAGGUCAUGGAGGAGAUUCAGCGAGUUUUGAAGCCAGGAGGCAAAUUUAUCGUUUAUGAUCUGAUAAAAACCAAUGAUUAUGAUAAGGAUAAUCAGUUGCAUUUUGAGACCCUGCACCAUCUGGAAUACGCCUGUGGAAUGCCCUCUCUCCAUACUCAAUCAGAAAUUGAGAAAUCCGCGUCGAGGUCUGGAAUGGCGUUAAUUGAGCAAGAAAAUCUGGAAGAGACUUUUGGAAAUCGUGCUUUUCAUUAUUGUUUCUCAGCUAGCCCAUUCUUCAUGUGGCUGGUCACUAGCUCGGUUAUUGACCAUACAAUUCGUCUGGCUGAAAUCAUGCGAAUCCUUCCAGCCGGUUUCAAACAGUUCAAUCGAACAUUUCUGUGUGGGACGGUGAAUUCCAUUGUCGAGGGAGGACGGAUGGGAAUCUUAUCAGGAGCUGAUAUCCUAGUUUUUGAGAAAACUGGAAAAAAUAAUAAUUUCUGA